AUGGAUGCCCAAUCUCCAUCUAAAAGAUUCACAAGAGGUAUACCCUUGCAUGUCGAAAAUAGUGUUGAACGCCCAUCUUUUUCCUUGGGUUUAACUCAGGAUUUUGGGGAGGUUUUAGGUUCAAUGUCCAAAUCCAACACAAUGCAAGAGAUCAAAUCCAAAUUGAAAAACAACCCAAUCAGAUUGGAGGGAAUGAGUGCAAAAUCGAAGCAAUCCAACAUCAAAAUUGUGGAGAGAGACAAUGAGAAGGAUUUUGUCUUUAAUACCGAAGAACCAAACAGAAUUAUUCUUCAGUAUUUUGGAAUCGAAAAAGCCAUCACCAAGAGUCAGUUGGUUGAAAAGUUUGAUAAUAAGGUUUGGGGGGAUAAUGAUGAUGAUGAUCGAUACAUUGACUACCCAUGGGGUAAAAAGGCUUUUGACCUUCUGAUUCUGCAUUUGCACACUAAGAUCAAACACGAUGGAAAGUAUUUCAGGUUGUAUGGUUUCCCAUUUGCUUUGCAAGUGUGGUUUUAUGAAUGUUGUUCGAAUUUUGAUGAGGAAAUUGUUGUUAAGCUUGUUUUUAAGAAUAUAACUCCAACUCCAAUGGAACUCAAGAUUCUUGAAUUACCUCCUGAGUAUGUUCAAUCAGAUUCAUCUCCAACAGAAACAUCAACUGCAAAUGCUUCGGACGAUGAUUUUCAGGAUCCUUCAUGUCUAAUAAAUAACAAGGGAAAAGAAAAAGUUGAUACUUGUUUGUCGCCUCCUAAGAAGAAAUCAAGACCUAAGUCACCACUUCCAAAGAGGCAGGCCAAAAAACAUGCUAAUGUUCCAUCCUAUACAGGCAUUAAGAAAAAUGUUGAGAUUAAAUCAAGUGUUGCUUUCGAAAUACCAUCCACCAACAAGUCACAUGAUUUUAGUAUAUCGCGUGAUGAGUUUGAUCAAUUCAAACUCUCGAUGGAGAAACAGUUUAUUGAUUUAAGGAACUUCAUUGAAAACAACUUCAAAGUUGUGUUGGAUUCUAUCAAAUCAAAGAAUGCGGAAGAUAAGGGUGAUGGUGUAGAAGUUACAGAUAAAGUGCCAGUCGGUGUCGUUCAAUCCAAAGAACCUUCUCAACAUUUACCUUCUGAAAUGAACUGUCAAUCUGUUUUUAAUGAUCUAAAUGAUCAAGAGAAGGUUGUUCGAGUAACAGUCCCAUCAUCUACUCCAGAAGUUAGUAUUCACCAGUCAAAUUUACACUCUCCAGCAGGACAAUCAGCAUUUAGCCCUUUAGUUCAACAAUUCAGUAAUCCCGAGCCACAGGGUCAUAACAAUUCUGGAGUUCCAAUCAAUUUUAAGGUUCAGAACACUUCCAAUAUUUUUGAGGUUCAAAACAAUUCUGAGCAGGAUUUAUUGAAUGUUAUACACGAUCAAACUAAAAAGAUGGAAAAAGAAGAAUUUACAGAUACAAACAAAGAAGGAUCAUCCAAUGUCAAUGAGUUAGUUGUUGAAGAAGUUUUAAUGUGUCCAGCACCUAUUCAAAUGGUACAUGAUGACCAGCCAAACAUUAAUCCAGAAAGAAGCAUGGUGUUACAUCAUUUGUUAGUUGUGGACGAGCAUACACCAUUACCAAUUCAUAGGGAAAGGCGUCCAGGCCCAUUCAACACAUUGCCUUAUGUGACAUCAUUUGGUUCAGAGUCUGGUAGUUCAUCAAGGUUCCAUUUCUCAUUUGAUUUUAAACAUCCAUUUGUUGCAAUGUCUGAUUUGGAGCGUACAACUCUGUAUAUUCAUUUCUGGAAAUGGUUAAAUGAAGGGCUGCUUGUUAGACACAACACAAAGAAUGGCAAAGAAGAGCGAUACAAAAAGAACAAGUCUGUCUUACAAAUGUGGUUUCAUUUUGGAAUUGUCACAGUCCAAAACAAGAACUGGUUCUAUAGGCUUGCAUACAAAAAUCAAUUGCUUGAUGACUCGCACGUAGAUGUCAUUUUGUAUUACAUACGCAAAAGAGCCAAGUACUCCGACACCAAUGCAUUAAGUUUUAUCACUGUCGAUUGCAAUUUCAGUAAUUUGAUUACCAAUGUCUGGGAUGCUUAUGAUAAUUUUGAAAGUAAUAUUAACAAGGAAAGUACAGAUGAGUCAAUUAUUGAGUAUAUUAAUGGAUACAGAAUGCAUGUUGCUAGACCUUGGCAUACAGUUGAUAACAUCCUCAUUCCUAUCUAUGAUUCUCUUAGGGGUGGUGCACUACACGAUUCGGCAGUUGAGAAUGAGAUCAAGAAAUAUGCACAACUUAUUCCCAUGUAUUUAUCUAAGUUUGAUUUUUAUGGGAAGAAAGGCAUUGACAUAUCUUCACACCCAAAGUACAAGUCCCACUCUGAAUGUGACUCUUUCGAAAUGAUUUAUGUCAAUGAUAUACCACAACAAGAUGCAGGAAGCCUCGUUUGUGGACUAUAUGUUGUUGCUUAUGCAGACCAUAUUAGUAAUGGAAAUGGGGUUCCAAAUUCCUUCGAUUCAGAGUUCACACAUAUUCAAUAUGCUUCUUUAUUGUGGAACUAUGGGGUGCAAAAGAUCCAAGCCGAUGCCACUAGUGACAGUGAGGCACCAGAAAGGUCAAUCAGGAUUCACAGGGAUUGCGAUAGUAGUGAAAAGAUCACAAUUAAUUAG